AUGAUCACGCAUGUCUACAACGACGAUCUGGAGUUGAUGUUUUAUGUGUUCAUCUGGGUCUGCAUUGAGUUCAGGGGCCCUCUCGGCAUGAAGUGUGUUCUCCCUACGACUCUCCCACAUUCAAAUCAAAAAGUGAAAUGGAUAACAGGAGAAUGGUCCGCGUCGACGUACCAAAAGUGCGGGGACAGCAAGACUCGAUUUUUUCAUCAAUCUGACCACUACACUAUGGAACUCGCCAAACAAUUCGACCCCUACUUCAAAUCUCUCCUUCCACUCGCGUUAGCGUGGUAUGAACUUGUUAAAAACCCCAAGCGGUUGGUCUUUGACGACGUAAUCAAUUUGCUGGAUAAGCACAUCGCUGCACUGCCCUCGGAGGACUCCCCUGAACUCCUAGUUUCCAAAUGGGUAAUACUCUUGGUGGCAGCGAGUGGUCGAUCAUCGUUGGACGAUGGAAGUUGUACCCAAGCCAAAGAGGAGCAAAACUGGGUAGAGUUCAAAUUUACCAAUGCUAUAUUCAGUUUCGCAAGAUUCUCCCACAUUACCUGCAUGUGGCACUGGAGACCCGAUUACGAGUCAAACUAUGAGCCCCAAAACACGUGGCAUGGUCCAGUCAUGUCUCCUCGUGCGAGCCAGAAGAAAUCAAAGCGUAAAGCUGUAGAUUCUGAUGGUCAAGCAAAUUCUGCAAAGAAGUCGCGUACUGGGGCCAAGGCAUCCGUGGUGUUGCAAGAGCCAAUUUCUGCAGACAAACCGUCAGUUCGACGUUCUGGACGUUCUGGCGCAGGAAAAGGAGGUAGGGUUGAGCAACUCGAAAAAAUCGGUGCUCUCUUGGAUGCCCCGGCACGGACUACUCAGCCCAAGGGCUCCACCUCCCUUGACAUCGAUGUACCAACCAAUCCUCUGGCACCCGAACCACCCUCAAAACCCCCUCCACCAUAUACCGUCUCGGAAACAGCGGAGGAUCCUGCAAUUUCUAAAACAGGGGGAAAGAAAGGUACUAGUAAGGCAACAAAGAAAGACUUGGAUGUAUCGAAUAUGCAUCCCGCUUUUUCUCACCGCCAAUCUGGUAGCUGGUUUGGCUUUAUGCAGCCCAUCGUCCCUCCUGGCACGGAACCUGACCUACAAGUACUCAACAAUCCAUAUGUAGCGGCCGUGUCAUAUACCGUACAUUGA